AUGACCGUAAACGAAACUUGGAAGUUCUCCCAGUGCUUUGGAGACAAGGGCGAUAUUGAAAACUUAACAGAAGCAGAUGUGAUCUCGACGGUGGAAUUCAAUCACGACGGUAACUUCUUGGCCACCGGUGACAAAGGUGGCCGGGUGGUUUUGUUUGAGAGAAACCACAGCAAAAAUAGUAAUUGUGAAUACAAGUUCUUCACCGAGUUUCAAAGCCACGACGCAGAAUUUGAUUACUUGAAGUCGUUGGAAAUUGAGGAGAAAAUCAAUAAGAUCAAGUGGAUCAAGAGUUAUAACGACUCGUUGUACUUGUUGUCCACGAAUGACAAAACCAUCAAAUUGUGGAAGAUCAUGGAAAGAAAUGUCAAAUUGCUCUACCAGAACAACUUGAAUGGAGCCGACCAUUUACCGGCGUCAGGCUUGAAUUUGUCCAGCUUGAAGUUGCCCAAGAUGACGGUUCACGAUAAGUUGAUUUCGGCCCAGCCCAAGAAAAUCUACUCGAAUGCCCAUGCUUACCACAUCAACUCGAUUUCUGUCAACUCCGAUCAAGAGACUUAUAUAUCCAGUGAUGACUUGAGAAUCAACUUGUGGAACUUGGGGAUCAGUGACCAGAGCUUCAACAUUGUUGACAUAAAGCCCUCCAAUAUGGAAGAGUUGACGGAGGUGAUAACGAGUGCCGAGUUCCAUCCCAGCCACUGUAAUUUGUUCAUGUACUCUUCGUCCAAGGGUACCAUCAAGUUGAACGACAUGCGGUCCAACUCGUUGUGUGACAGCCAUUCCAAGAUCUUUGAGGAGUACUUGGACCCGGCGUCGCACAACUUCUUCACCGAGAUCACCAGCUCCAUAAGUGAUGUGAAGUUCAGUCACGACGGGCGGUACAUUGUGUCCCGUGACUACAUGACCGUGAAGAUCUGGGAUUUGGCGAUGGAGCUGAAGCCCAUCAAGACCAUUAAUGUGCAUGAGCAUUUGAGAGACCGGUUGUGUGAUACCUAUGAAAAUGAUGCAAUAUUCGACAAGUUCGAAGUGCAAUUUGGCCCUGAUAACAAAUCUAUAAUGACUGGUUCUUAUAACAACAAUUUCAUGAUUUAUCCCAACCUGAUCAAUGGAGAUUCUUCGUAUGGAUCGAUGAAGCCAAUCAAAAUGAAGAAAAGAGGUAGAACGGUUGGCGAGCCUGAAGACGACGAAGACGACGACGAAGAGGGGGACGACGACGAAGAAGAUGAAGAAGAUGACGAUGAGGAGCCACAAUCGCCGGCUGCCGAUGGUGGGUUCCCUGAAAGUCCUACCAGUAGUCAUCUUGAUGACGAUCAACAGGAAGAGAUUGUUUUGCAAGCCGAUAAGUCUGCGUUUAAGACCAAGAAGAUGGGGUCCAACAACGGGAUGAUGAGACGGAGAAUGAUGACCAAUGGUAGUGAUCUCAGCAAUGACUUUGAUAACAUUGACUUUAAGAAGAGCAUACUUCACUUAUCAUGGCAUCCUAGGGAGAAUUCUGUUGCGAUUGCGGCUACGAACAACUUGUUCAUCUUCUCGACUCUUUAA